CUCUUGAAUGUAAAUCUGGAGGCAAUAUAAUUUUUAAAUAUAUUAUUUUUCUCAUUUUGUGACUGACGCGUACGUCCUGCUAAAAUCUCUUUGAAGAGGGAUUGAAAUUGAAAUGUUUUUAUCGGUGGUUGUGAUUUUUGCUAUUUUGGAAUCAUUUUCUUUGCUACAUGGCGUUCCCGUUUUCGAGCCUGUUGGAUGUUUCCAAGACAGCGGUAUUUCACCUCGCCCCAUGCCUCUGCUUCUCAAGGAUUUCCGACCAGGAAUGAACUGGAAUAACAUCGAUGCUGUUAUUAAGCAGUGCGCCGGCUUGACGCACAGCAAAAGCCUUAUUUACUUUGGGCUCAAAUAUUAUGGACAGUGCUGGUCCGGAGCAACCGCCGGAAAAACGUACAGUCGAGACGGGCCAGCGGAAAGCUGUGUGAAGGGAGUAGGAGUUGAAUCUACUUUCUUCGUGUACAAAUUUUACGACUAUAGUUAUCAAGUUCCCGGAUGUAACGCGGCAUGGAAGGCUCAAAACGACUUCUGUUUCAUCGUGAUCUCAAAACACAGUUCAACCUGGAAUGAAACGAAGAAUUACUGCCAAGAAAGCGGAGGGCAGCUGAUGCAUGCCACUGAUAAAAGCACUUCUCGGUUGCUUGAGCAGUUUCUGUACACCAUCCAAUUGAACUCAGAAAGUUCUUCAACUCAAUGCAUAGUAACUGGACCUGCAAACACAAGCUCCUUCUCGACACUGCCUCUUGACAAACAAUCUGUAUCUAACAGUACAACGCAUAUCUGCGCCAUUAGAUCGUCAAACCAGUGGAAAUUACAGGGAUGCAGCGUUAACAGCUGUGAUGAAUUGUGCAUUGCACCAAGAGACACAAGUCCUGUGGCUGGAACUUUCGUACAACACGCUACGGACUCCGCCGUAACAGGUCACGUGAUCACAAGUAUGUUGGUCGAUGAUGCCACGGCGUGUGCGCGUGAAUGCCUGCUGUAUCGUAACUGCGCGUCGUUCAACUACGAGUACGUACCGACAGCCGGCCGAGAAUUGUCGAGUUCAGGAAUGAUCUGUGAGUUGAAUGACGAAACAAGGAACAGUCACGAUGUACAACUUCGCAAACGGCGCGGUUAUAACUAUUAUGAAAGAUUACAGAUGUAAUGUUAGUUUUCCCCAGUUUCUUGAUAUAUAGAGAGAAUUAUUGUGUACUCGUUUUUAGUUUUGCAUUUUCUCUCUUUCUUUUAACGCGUCAGCGUUGAGCUUUAGGAUUAAGUGGACAGCAGCCUUGUUUACUAGAAACUUUAUUUGUAUGGUACCUCACUCUCUCUCGUCUCCUUCUUUCUUUCUAUCCCCGCUGAUUGUUAGGGAAUCCCUGGGAUAACUUGUGACCGUAUACAGAUCGUCCGAUAUGUGAAGGGGUUGCCUUUUUGACCAAUAACAUGAUGACAUUCCCGCCAAAAAUACAUUUCCGCCAGUCACAAUCACAAUAGCCCUUUUUUACGUUUUAACUUUCUAAGAUUAUUGUAUAAGCCAAGACGUCGGCAAGGUAAUUUCGUGAAAUUUGAGUUGCAGUUCCCACCUAAACUUGCCUGGCAUCCACGUUGGAUCACAUUGUAAUUCAAAUGAGAGCAGGUAAUCGUUAAAAAGACUAUUUAAUAAUCGAAUGCUAUUCUUCCCCGUUUGCGCUAUCGGCUACAUUUCGUGCGCUUGCCAGAACUUGCAUGUUUUCUCCCACGUACAUCUGAUUGCAUCUUUCGGUUCAAAUCCGAUUGAGUUCAACGUAUUUCAAGGUGUUUUGUAGUAUUUUCUGGCUCUAUAAUGACAUUUUAAUAUGGUAAAAAGGUUGAGCAACUUUCUAGCCCUAUAAUUAUGUAAUAACAAUACUUUGCGAUGAUAAAAUUUCAAAA